AUGGCGCCCGCGGGCGUCGCUCUCCGCGGCGGCUCCCUGGGCCUCCUCGUCUGGCUCCUGCUCCUUCAACGCUGCCUCAACGAGGCCCGGGCGGGCAGGAUGGCACCAUCCUCACCCUCCUGGUACCCUUCGGGGGGCAGCCGCGAGGACCCAGGGGUGAGCCUGUGGGAGUCCUCGCCUCCGGAGGUUCCGGCCCCGGUAGCCCUCCAGACAGCAGCCCCGUUGCAGACCACAAGAGCUACGCUGCUUCCUUCAGCUCCAGGAUGUGGCCACAGGUCUAUGAGGAUAGUUGGUGGAAUGCCAGCCACAGAGAAGAAGUGGCCCUGGCAGGUCAGCCUGCAGAUCAAUAAUCAGCACAUAUGUGGAGGCUCCCUCAUCGCGCGUCAGUGGGUGCUGACCGCCGCCCACUGCAUAUCUGGGGACGUGGAAUACACAGUGAAGAUGGGAGACACACACGUGAAGCAUACCUCCAGAAUGGCAAUCAAGGUUCCAGUCCGCGACAUUGUUGUUCAUAAAUACUAUAAUCCCAUUGGGUCAAUCCAAAAUGACAUUGCCCUCGCCCUGCUCGACUUCCCUGUGAAUUACUCCUCACACAUCCAGCCUGUGUGCGUUCCUGAAAAGGCUUUCAUGGUGCAAGCUGGUACGAAGUGUUGGGUGACUGGAUGGGGAAAACUGGAUGAAAAAGCGCCAACAAAGCUUCAGGAGGCUGAGCAAAACAUUAUUCGCUAUGAGGAAUGUAAUGAGUUGCUCAAGAAAGAGUUGGCAAAUGACAAUGACAUAGUCAGGAAAGGGGUUGUCUGUGGUUACAGCACUCAAGGUAAAGAUUCCUGCCAGGGAGAUUCUGGGGGCCCCCUAGUCUGCGACUUUAAUAGCACAUGGGUCCAGGUGGGGAUUGUGAGCUGGGGCAUUGGCUGUGGUCGCAGAGGAUAUCCUGGAGUUUACACAGAAGUCAGUUUCUACAAGGACUGGCUCAUUGAUCAUGUGCGUCAGGCUUCUUCUCAGGACUCAGCUGGCUUCUUCAUCCUCUCCCUGUGUCUGCUGCUCCUGGGCAUCCUGGUGACCCCCUGA